ACAAAGCACACAGAAAUGUUGCGACUCGGAAUGCUUGCGGCCUUUUUAAUGUCUGUGGGCGUGGUAUGGGGCCAGAUGCCGGACCGGACCCCUAACACGAGGUACCCGUAUGUGACCGACAUGGACCAUGAGGGCGCCUAUGUGCUCAGAUGGGGCCUUAAUGCCACUCAUAUCUGGUUCGAGGUUCAAGUGAAAACUCUCGGUUACGUCGGCUUCGGCAUAUCGCGUGACGGACGCAUGGUGCCCGCUGACGUCAUUAUCGGCUGGGUAGCCGGAAACCAGGUCCACUUUCAGGACUACCACACGGAGCGGUACGAGGCGCCCACAGUCGACUCGUCCCAGGACUGGCUGGUCGACUACGGGUACGAGGAGGCUGGCUGGACCGUGUUGGGCUUCACUCGGGCACUCGACACCUGCGACACGCUGGGCGACUUCAAGAUAACCAGGGACACACAGCGUCUUAUCUAUGCGUACCACACCGAGGACCCUGACGUCACCAGCCCCAACCCCCUGAUACGUCACACCGUGAGAGGCCGGAAAUCGGUGUCUCUCAUGACUACGUCACAUCCGCCCGCGGAGCUUCCUAUCGACAGCAGCGUGAUUGACUUCACCAAUGACAACUUUUCGAUCCCGGUUGCAAAUACGAGUACGUACAACUGUCGCCUGUUCGACCUCAGCGACGUUAACGUUAAAUAUCACAUCAUCAAGAUGUCACCGGUGUUCAGCCCCGGUAUGGAGCAGUACGUGGACCACAUGGUCCUCUACAGGUGCCGCAUCGCAGACCCCGCCAGCCUACUCGUGAACGGUGCGAGCUUCAACUGCUUCUCGGACGCGCCCGAUCACGUGCAGUUCUGCCGCGAGCACGUGGCGAGCUUCGGGCACAGGAACAAAGAGGACUUCUACCUACCGGAAGACGUUGGUAUCCCUAUCGGGGGCACGGGGGAAUCGAACCUGUACGUGCUGGCCACACACUAUGUCAAUGAGCUGCAAACACCAAAUCUUGUGGACAGUUCCGGUAUCCAGCUGACGUACACAGCGGACCUGCGGACCAACGAUGCCGCCUUCCUGUCCAUGGGUAACAUCAUCAGCCCCAACUGGCUGCAGUACAUCCCCCCGGGCGAGCCGAGCUUCCAGCAGCGGGCAUACUGCUCCGAGCGCUGCAUCCAAUGGGGAAUGAACAGUACUCAGAACGCGCUACCGAUGACAGUUGUUGGAGCCAAGUUCCACUCGCACGAUCUUGCAACGGAGAUGAAGUUACGUCACGUAACGAAGACGUCUUCCGGUGCGUACGUGGAGAACCCCUGGUUGGCGUAUGACGGCGCCUUCGACAGUGACCAGCAGGCGUUCCGCGUGGCAGAGAAGCGACGUAACGUGUCUUUCACUGAUCACCUGAUGCUGGAGUGCACCUAUGAUUCCUCGACCCGAGGCUUCCCCACAUUGGGUGGGUGGCAUCCCGACAACGAGCUGUGUCGAGCCUACGUUCUCUACUACCCGCGCAAGAUGCUAGAGGGAUGUAUGAGCUGGUCCAACUACGACCAGCUGCGAAAUCAAAUCGGCCAGCCGGUGAACGGAAGUGACGUUUUUAACACCCUGCUCGCCACUGAUUGGUCGAACAACAACGUGAUGCGCGUUAACCUCAAGCACGCCCUUCAGAACUCCAUCGAGAACGCCCAGUGCUGGUCCUCCAGACAAGAUCCCUCGUACGCCGUGGACUGGUUCCAACAGACUGAUAUCACCAUACAGACACCGUACCAGCCCACAGAAACACGCACCUGCGUCUAGAUGGCGUCGCGAGAGGGUGUAAUAUCAAAGAUGACGUUAUAACGUCAAAGUGCCAUGAGUGUUUUUAUUAUAUCCGGUUAAUUGAAACACAGACUGACCCGAGUGCCAUGGUGAAAACAUGUAUAUCAUCGUGUAAAAACGUGUUAAACGGAUAACCCACUUACAGAACCAUUUAAAACAUGAGGCUGUUCUUAUUAAAGUCUGAUACUUGUGAAUACAAUAACAUUUUGUUUCAAAAGCAUAAGUUUGUGAACAAAUCUCAUAAACACGACAUCAAGUAAAUGACUGAUAUUUAUUUAACAUAUCUUGAAUAAGACUUUUUGUAAAAAACGGAUUAAGCACAGUGAGGUGAUUAACAUAUCACAUUUGGUUCAAUUGAAUUUUAGAUUAUAUGGCUAUAGAGUAAACUGCAUUCUAUCCUGAAUGCACUGUACUUUACCAUUUAAAUGAUUUUAUUACUUCCCUUCUCAACAUCGCAAUAAGCACAAUAUGGUUUCAUUAAGCGAUUAAAGUCUGAAGAAUGUGUUUUCAACUUUAUUAAAUGAACUAUUCCUU